AUGCUUUGCCAGUCCUUUCUAAGCAGACUGCCUGCGGAUCAGUUUCUGCAAGAGGAGGACGGACCCUGUGACCCUAUGAUUUGGCGCAUAGGAGGAUCUAAGAGAAGCGAUCGUCAGCGUAGGUCACCCAGAGCCGGUGCAUCUUCAAACGCGAGGGACGCCUGCGAGAAGGCUCCCGAAACCUUGGCGCAGGUGAAGAGACUGCCCAGUGUGUUGAAGUGCACCAAGGUGCAGGUCCUUCUACCUGCUGCCAUCAAGCUGGAGGACUGGAUCGAACGUCGCAUCGGGGCUGAGGUGGCCGUGGAAACCGAUGCGGCCGGGCAGCGCGUCUGUCGGCUGAUGGGGUCUGAGCCCCUGCCGAGACAGGAGAGUAGAAACCGCGAGAAGGACCGUAGCGAGGAGUUCUUCCGGAUGCUGCCCAAGGACUCCUUCUUGCCGGAGGAGGAAAAGCUCAGAAUGGCCAUCUUUGAUUUCCUCGCCGGCUGGAGCGCACAGGAGCUGGCCACCCUGCAGCGUUGCGCCCAAAAUCCUGCGGUGGCAGAGGCGAAGAGAGGGAUGUUUGCUUCACAUGCCGUCAAUUUCAAGGAUUGGAUUGAACGACGUAUCGGCGGAGAGCUGAUCCUGAGACCGGACCCUGCUGGACGGGGGGAGUUGGAGAUUCAUCUAACUCCCGCCGCGCGGCCGGUGGUGGCCGAGCGAGUGGCCCUGCUGCAAGCCCGGAAGCCACCUGGCAUAUGGCCGGCACCCGCCAGACCGCCACCCCAUUCGCUCCACUCGGCGCCCCCCAUCCCUGCGCCGAUGCCGCACAUGGUGGCUUCCGGUGGCUCCGAGCGAAACGAGCGUUCCAAUCGACAGGAACGCAGGCGCGACAAGGAGAGAAAGGAACCCCAGCACCGGGAUGAGGCGUCCAAGCAAAGUUUCUUCGACAAACUUCCAGCUGAAGAGUUGUUAGAGAAGGAAUUGGAGCUUCGACAAAUCCUGUUGGACAGCCUGGACAUCUACUUCCAGAAGCAUCCUGCGGGUGAAGGGCCUGCACUCUCUAUGAUUGCAGGGCAGACCAAGGCCUACCAAGAAAUCAAGAGCUCCUUUCUCAAGGGUGUCUCGCUGAGAGAAUGGGUGGACCGCCGCAUCGGCGGGGAGGUCGCGACGAAGAUGGGCUCCAAUGGGCAGGUGAUCAUUUUCCCUCGAGAUCGGGAGGGCCAGGUGAACGCUGACGUCGCCGAUGAAGUCAUGGAGGCUGCCGAUCUGUUGGAUGGCAAAGCUCAGGACUUCUUCGAUAACCUGCCCCCUGAUGGCUUUCUUUCCCAGGAAGAAGUACUUAGAGAGGCGAUUCUGAACUUCCUCGAGGCCUGGGACGACGUUUCAGCGCCUCCCACGCUGAAGGUCCUGCAGCGAAACUCGGAGGUGGAACUGGGGUGCCCCGAUGCGGCUUCGAUUUCGGGAAGUUUUCACCGGGCUCGUCCUCUUAGGGCUCAGACUGGCCAGAUCAAGGGCCGGGUGAGCAUCCCCCACAAGUUCCAGGACGCGACCAGCGCUGCUGGGGCUGGUCUAGCUGCCGCCCGGGUGAUCUUGGAUGGAGGUGUGCUCUCAACACUGCCGGCCUCUGAUGGGCACUUUGCCCUGAACGGUGUCUCCGCCGGCCCUCAUUUGCUGCAGGUGGUACAUCCUCUCCUGAGCUUCGAUCCUGUUCGCAUUGAAGCGGUAGAGAACUCCGGUGCCGUGAAGAUUCAAGGCGUGGCUCGUGGUCACCGUUGGGGCAGAUUUUGA